AUGUCGCACACUGAUGUGCAGGAACUGAGACGGUCGACCACCAAAGCGGAGAUCGAGCUCGAGGAAGACUCGGAGAAGCAGCUAAUCACCGCGCAGCUGGCGCGAUGGGGCGUGGAGACGAACGGCAUCACACCCGUGCCGCCGGAGCAGAGGAACGACCGACGGCUGUACCAGAUGUUCUUUGUAUGGUUCUCUGCAAACCUGAAUGUCCUGACAUUGACUGCUGGCACGGUGGGGCCUGCGUACUAUGGCUUGGGCAUCAGGGCGUCGCUCCUGGUCAUUCUGGUGGUGGACAUAGUGUAUGGACCAGCCCAGCACUUCGCUGUCCUGGGACCGAAACUGGGGAUGCGUGGAAUGGUUCAGGCGCGUUUCUCUUGGGGAUACUACGGGGCUUUGAUUCCCAGUACACUCGUCACCCUCACUCUCCAAGGCUACCUCAUCUUGAAUACCAUCGUUGGCGGCCAAACACUCGGAAGCGUAUCCGCACACCUCAAUGCGUCUCUCGGUAUUGUGAUCAUCGCGCUCGUCACGCUUGUGACGCCUGGUGGACUCGCCGCUAUCGAAUCCUACUCCUGUGGCACGCCGAACAUCAUGACAUUCGGUGCUACGCUCGCCGCCAGCGUUGUCAACUGGUCUCCGCUCAUGCCUGAUCAGGGCGUGUAUCACGACCACACGGCCAGUGCGCUAAGGGUAUGGAUAUAUACUUACUCAGGCCUUCUGUUGUCAAGCAUGCCAGCCCAUAUGCUUGGUGCGGCCUUCACCGCAGGGGCCGCUUUCAAUCCCACAUGGAAGGCAGGCCUCGGGAAUGGCAACGACAUCGGCGGGCUCAUCGCUGCCGUCUUAGAGCCUGCGGGCGGGUUCGGCAAGUUUCUCGUCGUCCUCCUCGCAUUGACGACGCCCAGCCAAUGUGCGCCGUCGAUGUAUACGGCGUGCAACAGCUUCAUGACGCUGGCGCCUGCUUUCGCCCGGAUACCGAGAUUCUUCCUCGCCAUCGCGUCCACCGCUAUUAUCAUCCCCGUCGCGAUCGUAGGCUCCAACACGUUCUACUCCAUCUUCUCUGACAUCCUCGGCUUCAUUGGCUACUGGCUCGCGCCCUACGUCGCUGUUAUCCUCGUAGAGCACCUCCUCUAUCGCCGCAUGCACUGGUCAUCUUACCGUGUCUCCGAGGCGUGGGACGACCCGAGGCACCCGAACCUCGCGCCGAGCUACUGCAGUAUCGUCACGUUCGUCAUAUCCGUGGGCUUCAUUGUGCUUUGCAUGGACAAGGCAUGGUGGGUCGGGCCGAUCGCACGGGCGGGAACUGGAGAUGUCGGGAUGCUGCUCGGUUUCAUCCUUGGUGUAGGGGUGUUUGCGACAGUGCGAUGGCGGAGCGGAAGACGUCUACGCGCUCUGGUCGCUCUGACAUAG